UUAGGGCUUUAGGUGUUUUCAGGCUGUUUUGACAGGUAUGAGAGACCACAGAGGAACUCCUGGGGUCAUUUAAAAAGCUGUGUGUGGGCUUUCACCGAGUGCACCCUAAUGACAUGUCCACAUCUGGUUGUUUACUUCUCUGAUGGCUCUGCUCACGCAUGGCCACUCUUAUUAAAUCCAAUUCUUCUGCUUUGGUUAGUGGUUUGGGCCUCGGCCCUGUUCUACCCCUAAACAGUUUCGGGAACGUGCUGCUGUUCCUCUUUAAUAUUCUCUUGGCUACGGCCAUCAUCUUUUUGAACGUGUCGGUGUUCGUGUCCAUCCUGGUGAACAGUUCGCUGCGCGGCGAGAACCGCUUCAUGUACAUGCUAAGCACGUGUCUGAGCGACGUGUGCUCGGGCGUGUCGUAUUACUACUGCGGCGUGCUGGACGUGCGCGACAGCUACGACUCCCCGACGCGCACUUUCUACGUGGCGCCGACUUUCCUGGGUCUGUCCUACAUGGCGAUUCUAGCGGCGCAGGCGGACCGCUACCACGCCGUGUCCGCGCCAUUCAAGUACUCUCAGCGCAUGACGCGCGGCCGGACACUGGUUGUGAUCGCGGUGUAUUGGGUGUAUGCGUUCGUCAUCGUGGCCGUCAAUAACCUCGUGACGAUGGGGAUCGCCAAACAGGUCACGGGCUACGGCACGUUCGUGGGCAACAUCUUCACCGUGAUCAUCAUGAUCGGGUUAAACGUGCGCCUUUUCCUGAUCGCCAGGUACCAGCUGGAGCGCGAGCCAGCCAGCGCGGAACGCGAAAACAAGCGCGCGUCCGUGUAUCUCAUAGUGGUCGUGGCCGUGUGCUUUCUUAUCUCUUGGCUCCCGAUAUUCCUGCACAUCAUCGUGUGCAAUUUAUCGGGCACAACGUGCUACUCGUUCCGCAACGAGGGCACGGACCCGCUGCGCGUCAUGCCGCGCGUAAACGCCGCACUCACCCCCGUGCUGUACAUCAGGGGCUGUGCCGGGAUCCGAGCCACACUGCUCAACAAAGUGUGGAGAGGGUGCCACAGACACGUAGGAGUUUAUCCAGGACUUCGGGGGAGGUCAGUCGCACCCAAUGUCCAAUCUGUUUCCACGGUGUGCAAAACGUAGAAGAAAAAGCCAAAAAAGAGUACAAAAAAUGUGAUGUCAUUGUCAUGAUAUAAAAUUAUUGUAAAUUAUUUAUUGUCUGCAUACAUCUCAUAGUUUUGUGUUGGAUAUAAGUUUAGGUUAAUGCCUUUUUCUCAGUCAUGUUAAUAGUUAGAUCCAUAGCAAUGUUGCAGACAUCACAUCAUUUCUUAGCUGUUAUAAUUGUGUUUUGUGCAUGGUUUUGCUGGUUUUUUUGAACCUGCAUGCUACUAUGAUAAAUAGCUCCACAAAAGCACACAAAUUACACAACGAGUUAAUUGACUAUUUCAUAAUAUUUUUAUUAAAAUUAUAUUUUUCUUCAGGUUUAAUUUUAUUGUCUUUCAUUAUCUUAAUAGAGGACAUAAGUUGCCUUAGUAAUUAAUCUAAUUGUUAUAGAUGAAAUAAUCUCAUUGUAUACAGAUGUGUAAUUGUAUUAUACAUGUAAUAUAUGUAAAUCCCACAGAAAAGUAAAUAAAGUUUUUUUGCAUCCACACAGCAAAGAAUAAUACUCAUAAAAAAAUGAAAAAACAUAAUAAAUUAUAUUAUAUAUAUUAUAUAUGUAUGACAGACACCCUCUCUAAUUUUAAAAACCUGAUGAUGAUGUAUGUUGUAAUCUUUAAAAUAAAAAUUAUAUUGAGAAUUCGUUGCUUAUCCAGCACAAU